UUUCCUUUUGCUUUCCUCCCAGGUUAGGGAGCCUGAGCUGGAGCUAGGGCCCAAGUUUGACCUGAUCCGAAGCCUGAGAUCAAGCUGCGCCCCGGGCCUGGCCUGGAGGUGGAGCCCAAGCUACAACUGGACUACCCCUGUCAUGCAGAAGGAGCCAGGCAUUGGGCCUUCCUGCCCUGGCAUGAAGAGCCCCAGGCACCUUCUGCUGCUACCGAUGCUGCUGCUCCUGGGGGCUGGAGUGCCAGGUGCCUGGGGUCAAGCUGGGAGCCUGGACCUGCAGAUCGAUGAGGAGCAGCCAGCGGGUACACUGAUCGGGGACAUCAGCGCAGGGCUUCCAGCGGGCACAGCCGCACCGCCCAUGUACUUCAUCUCUGCGCAGGAGGGCAGCGGCGUGGGCACAGACCUGGCCAUCGAUGAACACAGUGGGGUUGUCCGUACAGCCCGUGUCUUGGACCGUGAGCGGCGGGACCGCUACCGCUUCACUGCAGUCACUCCAGAUGGGGCCACCGUGGAAGUUACAGUGCGCGUAGCUGACAUCAAUGACCAUGCUCCAGCCUUCCCACAGGCUCGGGCUGCCCUGCAGGUACCUGAGCAUACAGCUCUUGGCACCCGCUACCCGCUGGAACCUGCUCGUGAUGCAGACUCUGGCCGCCUGGGAACCCAGGGUUACGCACUGUCUGGUGAUGGGGCUGGAGAGACCUUCCAGCUGGAGACACGCCCUGGUCCAGACGGGGCUCCAGUGCCUGAGCUGGUCAUUACAGGGGAGCUGGACCGUGAGAACCGCUCACACUACAUGCUGCAGCUAGAGGCCUAUGAUGGUGGUUCGCCCCCACGGAGGGCCCAGGCCCUUUUGGAUGUGACACUGCUAGACAUCAAUGACCAUGCCCCUGCUUUCAACCAGAGCCGCUACCACACUGCAGUGUCUGAGAGCCUGGCCCCUGGCAGUCCUGUCUUGCAGGUGUUUGCAUCCGAUGCUGACGCUGGUGCCAACGGGGCCGUGACUUAUGAAAUCAAUCGGAGGCAGAGUGAGGGUGACGGACCCUUCUCCAUCGAUGCACACACAGGGCUGCUGAGGCUGGAGCGGCCACUGGACUUCGAACAAAGGCGGGUCCAUGAACUGGUGGUGCAAGCCCGGGAUGGGGGCGCUCACCCUGAGCUGGGCUCAGCCUUUGUGACUGUGCACGUGCGAGAUGCCAACGACAAUCAGCCCUCCAUGACUGUCAUCUUCUUGAGUGCAGACGGUUCCCCCCGAGUGUCUGAGGCCGCCCCACCUGGACAACUUGUUGCUCGCAUCUCUGUGUCAGACCCAGACGAUGGUGACUUUGCCCAUGUCAAUGUGUCCCUGGAGGGUGGAGAGGGCCACUUUGCCCUGAGCACUCAAGACAGUGUCAUCUACCUGGUGUGUGUGGCUCGGCGACUGGAUCGGGAGGUGCGGGAUGCCUAUAACUUGCGGGUUACGGCCACAGACUCAGGCACGCCCCCACUGAGGGCAGAAGCUGCCUUUGUGCUGCAUGUCACUGAUGUCAAUGACAACGCACCUGCCUUUGACCGCCAGCUCUACCGACCUGAGCCCCUGCCUGAGGUUGCACUGCCUGGCAGCUUUGUGGUGCGAGUGACAGCCCGGGAUCCUGACCAAGGUACCAACGGUCAGGUCACAUAUAGCCUGGCCCCUGGUGCUCACACCCGCUGGUUCUCCAUUGACCCCUCUUCAGGCAUCAUCACCACGGCUGCAUUGCUGGACUAUGAGCUGGAACCUCAGCCACAGCUGACUGUGGUGGCUACAGAUGGGGGCCUGCCCCCUCUAGCCUCCUCUGCCACAGUUAGCGUGGCCCUGCAGGAUGUGAAUGAUAAUGAGCCCCAGUUCCAGAGGACCUUCUACAAUGCCUCCCUGCCUGAGGGUACCCCACCUGGAACCUGCUUCCUGCAGGUGACAGCCACAGAUGCAGACAGUGGCCCAUUUGGCCUCCUCUCCUAUUCCUUGGGUGCUGGACUUGGGACCUCGGGCACUCCCCCAUUCCGCAUUGAUGCCCACACUGGUGAUGUGUGCACGAUCCGGAGCCUGGACCGCGACCAGGGGCCCUCGAGCUUUGACUUCACGGUGACGGCUGUGGAUGGGGGAGGCCUCAAGUCUAUGGUAUACGUGAAGGUGUUUGUGUCAGACGAGAAUGACAACCCGCCUCAGUUUUACCCCCGGGAGUAUGCUGCCAGUCUGAGUGCCCAGAGUACACCAGGCACAGCUGUGCUGAGGGUGCGUGCCCAUGACCCCGACCAGGGGCCCCAUGGGCGACUCUCUUACCACAUCCUGGCUGGCAAUAGCCCCCCGCUCUUCGCCUUGGAUGAGCACUCAGGGCUGCUGACAGUAGCCUGGCCUUUGGCCAGACGGGCCAACUCUGUGGUGCAGUUGGAAAUCGGGGCCCAGGAUGGAGGUGGCCUGCAGGCAGAACCCAGCGCCCGGGUCAACAUCAGCAUUGUGCCUGGAACCCCCACACCACCCAUAUUUGAGCAACUGCAGUAUGUGUUUUCUGUGCCAGAGGAUGUGGCACCAGGCACCAGUGUGGGCACUAUCCAGGCACACAACCCACCAGGUCGCUUGGGGCCUGUGACCCUUGCCCUAUCAAGCGGAGAUCCCCGAGGACUCUUCUCCCUAGAUGCAGCCUCAGGGCUGUUACAAACAGUCCGCCCUCUGGACCGGGAGCUGCUCGGACCAGUGUUGGAGCUGGAGGUGCGAGCAGGCAGUGGAGUGCCCCCGGCUUUUGCUGUGGCUCGGGUGCGUGUACUGCUGGAUGACGUGAAUGACAAUGCCCCUGCCUUCCCUGCACCUGAAGACACAGUAUUGCUACCACCCAACACUGCCCCAGGGACUCCCAUCUAUACGCUGCGGGCUCUGGACCCUGACUCAGGUGUUAACAGUCGAGUCACCUUUACCCUGCUUGCUGGGGGUGGUGGGGCCUUCACUGUGGACCCUACCACAGGCCAUGUACAGCUUAUGGGACCUCUGGGGCCCCCAGGGGGGCCAGCCCAUGAGCUGGAGCUGGAGGCUCGGGAUGGAGGCUCCCCACCACGCACCAGCCACUUUCGACUGCGAGUGGGAGUACAGGAUUUGGGGACUCGGGGGGUAGCUCCUCGAUUUGAUAGCCCUACCUACCGUGUAGACCUGUCCUCAGGCACCGCCCCUGGAACCCAGAUCCUGCAAGUGCAAGCCCAGGCACCAGAUGGGGGCCCUAUCACCUAUCACCUUGCUGCAGAUGGGGCAAGUAGCCCCUUUGGCCUGGAGGCACAGAGCGGGUGGCUAUGGGUGCGAGCAGCACUGGACCGGGAGGCCCAGGAGUUGUACACACUGAAGGUAAUGGCGGUGUCAGGGUCCAAACCAGAGUUAGGGCAGCAGACAGGCACAGCCACCGUGAGGGUCAGCAUCCUCAAGCAGAAUGACCACAGCCCCCGCUUAUCUGGGGAACCCACCUUCCUGGCUGUGACUGAGAACCAGCCCCCAGGGACCAGUGUGGGCCGGGUCAUUGCUACCGACCGAGACUUGGGACCCAAUGGACGUCUGACCUACAGUCUGCGACAGCUGUCAGAAGACAGUAAGGCCUUCCGCAUCCACCCCCAGACAGGAGAAAUAACCACACUCCAAACUCUGGACCGGGAGCAGCAGAACAGCUACCAGCUCCUGGUGCAGGUGCAGGAUGGGGGCAGCCCACCCCGCAGCACCACAGGCACCGUGCACAUCGCAGUGCUUGAUCUCAAUGACAACAGCCCCACCUUCCUGCAGGCUUCCGGGGUUGCUGGUGGGGGCCUCCCCAUACAGGUGCCAGACCGUGUGCCUCCAGGAACACUGGUGACGACUCUGCAGGCCAAAGAUCCAGACGAGGGGGAGAACGGAACCAUCCUAUACACUCUAACUGGUCCUGGCUCAGAGCUCUUCUCUCUGCACCCUCACUCCGGGGAGCUGCUCACCGCAGCACCCUUGAUCCGAGCAGAGCGGCCCCACUAUGUGCUGACUCUGAGUGCUCAUGACCAAGGCAGUCCCCCUCGAAGUGCCAGCCUCCAGCUGCUGGUGCAGGUGCUUCCCUCAACUCGCUUGGCCGAGCCGCCUCCAGACCUCGCCGAUCCUGACCCUGCGACGCCAGUGCCCGUCGUGCUGAAGGUGACAGCAGCGGAGGGCCUGCGGCCUGGUUCCCUGUUGGGCUCAGUGGCGCCGCCCGAGCCGGCAGGUGUGGGCGCACUCACCUACACACUGGUUGGUGGCGCCGACCCGGAGGGCACUUUUGCCCUUGACGCGGCCUCAGGGCGCUUGUACCUGGCGAGGUCCCUGGACUUCGAAGCGGGGCCGGCCUGGCGCGCGCUCACGGUGCGCGCGGAGGGGCCGGGUGGCGCGGGCGCGCGGCUGCUGAGAGUGCAGGUGCUCGUGCAGGACGAGAACGAGCCCGCGCCCGCCUUCGCGCGCGACCCGCUGGCGCUGGCGCUGCCUGAGAACCCGGAGCCCGGCGUGGCGUUGUACACUUUCCGGGCUUCGGACGCAGAUGGCCCAGGUCCCAACAGCGACGUGCGCUACCGCCUGCUGCGCCAGGAGCCUCCGGUGCCCGCACUUCGCCUGGACGCGCGCACCGGGGCGCUCAGCGCUCCGCGUGGCCUGGACCGGGAGACCACCCCCGCGCUGCUGCUGCUCGUGGUAGCCACCGACAGGCCCACCAACGCCAGCCGCCGCCGCGCAGCGCGCGUUUCCGCACGCGUCUUUGUCACGGAUGAAAAUGACAACGCGCCAGUCUUCGCGUCGCCCUCCCGUGUGCGCCUCCCGGAAGAUCAGCCUCCUGGGCCCGUGGCGCUGCACGUGGUAGCCCGAGACCCGGACUUGGGUGAGGCCGCACGCGUGUCUUAUCGCCUGGUAUCCGGUGGGGACGGCCACUUCCGGCUACAUUCGAGCACAGGAGCGCUGUCGGUGGUGCGGCCCUUGGACCGGGAACAAAGAGCUGAGCACACCCUGACCAUUGUAGCGUCAGACCAUGGCUCCCCUCCGCGCUCGGCCACGCAGCUCCUGACUGUCAGUGUCGCGGACGUCAAUGACGAGGCACCUGCUUUUCAGCAGCAGGAAUACAGCGUCCUUUUGCGUGAGAACAGCCCGCCAGGCACAUCUCUGCUCACUUUGCGGGCAACUGACCCCGACCUAGGGGCCAAUGGGCAAGUGACAUAUGGAGGAGUCUCUGGAGAAAGUUUCUCCCUGGACCCAGACACUGGAGUUCUCACUACCCUCCGGGCCCUGGAUCGGGAGGAGCAGGAGGUGAUCAAUCUGACAGUGUAUGCCCGGGACAGGGGCUCACCCCCUCUGUUAACUCACGUCACAGUGCGGGUGACCGUGGAGGAUGAGAAUGACCAUGCUCCAACUUUUGGAAGUACUCACCUCUCCUUGGAGGUGCCUGAGAGCCAGGACCCCCAGACCCUCACCAUGCUUCGGGCCUCUGACCCAGAUGUGGGAGCCAAUGGGCAGCUGCAGUACCGCAUCCUGGAUGGGGACCCAUCAGGAGCCUUUGUCCUAGACCUAGCCUCUGGAGAGUUUGGCACCAUGAGGCCACUAGACCGGGAGGUGGAGCCAGUGUUCCAGCUGCAGAUCGAGGCCCAGGAUGGAGGCCAGCCAGCUCUCAGUGCCACCCUGCUUGUGACAGUGACAGUGCUCGAUGCCAAUGACCAUGCUCCAGCCUUUCCUGUGCCUGCCUAUUCCAUGGAGGUGCCUGAGGAUGUGCCUGCAGGGACUCUGCUGCUGCAGCUUCAGGCUCAUGAUCCUGAUGCUGGGGCCAAUGGCCACGUGACCUACUAUCUAGGUGCAGGAACAGCGGGAGCCUUCCUGCUGGAGCCCAGCUCUGGGGAAUUGCGCACGGCUGCAGCCCUGGACAGAGAGCAGUGUCCCAGCUAUGCCUUCUCUGUGAGUGCAGUGGAUGGCGCAGCUGCAGGGCCCUUGAGCACCACAGUGCCUGUCACCAUCACGGUGCGUGACGUCAAUGACCAUGCUCCCACCUUCCCCACCAGUCCUCUGCGCCUGCGCCUGCCCCGCCCAGGCCCUAGCUUCGGUACCCCAACCUUGGCUCUGGCCACACUGAGAGCUGAAGAUCGUGAUGCUGGUGCCAAUGCUUCGAUUCUGUACCGGCUGGCAGGCACACCACCUCCUGGCACCACUGUGGACUCUUACACUGGGGAAAUUCGUGUGGCUCGCUCUCCUGUAGCUCUGAGCCCUCGAGAUCGUGUCCUUUUCAUUGUGGCCACUGACCUUGGCCGGCCAGCUCGCUCUGCCACCGGUGUGAUCAUCAUUGGACUGCAGGGAGAGUCUGAGCGUGGACCUCGCUUUUCCCGGGCUAGUAGUGAAGCUACGCUCCGUGAGAAUGCACCCCCAGGGACUCCUGUUGUCUCCCCCAAGGCUGUCCAUGCAGGGGGCUCGAGUGGACCAAUCACCUACAGUAUUCUCAGUGGGAAUGAGAGAGGGACCUUCUCCAUUCAUCCUAAUACAGGAGCCAUCACAGUUCGUGUAGCAGAGGGUCUGGACUUUGAGGCAAGCCCACGGCUGCGACUGGUGCUGCAGGCAGAAAGUGGGGGAGCCUUUGCUUUCUCUGUGCUGACAUUGACCCUGCAAGAUGCCAAUGACAAUGCUCCCCGUUUCCUUCGGCCUCACUACGUAGCCUUCCUACCUGAGUCUCGGCCCUUGGAGGGGCCCCUGCUACAGGUGGAGGCAGAUGACCUGGAUCAAGGCUCCGGAGGACAGAUCUCCUACAGUCUAGCUGCAUCCCAGCCAGCACGGGGGUUGUUCCACAUGGAUCCUGCCACAGGCACCAUCACUACCACAGCAAUCCUGGACCGUGAGAUCUGGGCUGAAACACGGCUGGUACUAAUGGCCACAGACAGAGGAAGCCCAGCCCUGGUGGGCUCAGCAACCCUGACAGUGAUGGUCAUUGACACCAAUGACAACCGCCCUACCAUCCCCCAGCCCUGGGAGCUCCGUGUGUCGGAAGAUGCGCUCCUGGGCUCGGAGAUUGCACAGGUCACAGGGAAUGAUGUGGACUCAGGACCGGUGCUGUGGUAUGUGCUGAGCCCAUCUGGGCCCCAGGACCCUUUCAGCGUUGGCCGCUAUGGAGGCCGUGUCUCCCUCACAGGCCCCCUGGACUUUGAGCAGCGUGACCGCUACCACUUACAGCUGCUGGCCCAUGAUGGCCCUCAUGAGGGCCAUGCCAACCUCACAGUACUUGUGGAAGAUGUCAAUGAUAAUGCACCUGCCUUCUCACAGAGCCUUUAUCAGGUGAAGCUGCUAGAGCACACCCCCCCAGGCAGUGCCAUUUUCUCCGUCUCUGCCACCGACCGGGACUCGGGGGCCAAUGGUCACAUCUCCUAUCACCUGGCUUCCCCUGCUGAAGGUUUCAGUGUUGACCCCAACAAUGGGACCUUAUUCACAACAGCAGCAACAGGGGUCUUGGGCCACGAGGGGCCAGGAGUGGUGGAUGUGGUGCUGGAAGCACGAGACCACGGAGCUCCAGGCCGGGCAGCACGAGCCACAGUGCACGUGCAGCUGCAAGACCAGAAUGAUCAUGCCCCAAGCUUCACGUUGUCCCAGUACCGUGUGGCUGUGGCUGAAGACCUGCCCCCUGGUUCCACCUUGCUCACCCUAGAGGCCACAGAUGCCGAUGGGAGCCGCACCCAUGCUGCCGUGGACUACAGUAUCAUCAGUGGCAACCGAGGCCGAGUCUUCCAGCUGGAACCCCGACUGGCUGAGGCUGGGGAGAGUGGUGGGCCAGGGCCCCGAGCACUGGGCUGCCUGGUAUUGCUGGAACCUCUGGACUUUGAAACCCUGACACAGUACAAUCUAACUGUGGCUGCGGCUGACCGGGGGCAGCCACCCCGCAGCUCGGCCGUGCCAGUCACUGUCACCAUACUGGAUGUCAACGACAACCCACCUGUCUUUACCCAAGCAUCCUACCGUGUGGCAGUGCCCGAGGACACGCCUGUCGGAGCUGAGCUGCUGCAUGUGGAGGCCUCUGAUGCUGAUCCUGGCCCUCAUGGCCUUGUGCAUUUCACCCUCAGCUCAGGUGACCCUUUAGGGCUCUUUGAGCUGGAUGAGAGCUCAGGUGCCUUGCGACUGGCCCAACCCCUGGACUGCGAGACCCAGGCUCGACAUCAGCUUGUCGUGCAGGCUGCCGACCCUGCCGGGGCACAUUUUGCUUUGGCGCCAGUGACGGUUGAGGUCCAGGAUGUGAAUGACCACGGCCCAGCCUUCCCGCUGAACUUGCUUAGCACCAGCCUAGCUGAGAACCAGCCUCCCGGCACUCUUGUGACCACUCUGCAUGCAAUCGAUGGGGAUGCUGGGGCUUUCGGGAGGCUCCGCUACAGCCUGUUGGAAGCUGGGCCAGGGCCUGAAGGCAAUGAGGCAUUUGCGUUGAAUAGCUCAACAGGGGAGCUGCGGGCACGGGUGCCCUUUGACUAUGAGCACACCGGAAGCUUCCGACUGCUGGUUGGCGCUACCGAUGCUGGGAACCUCUCAGCCUCUGUCACUGUGUCCGUGCUGGUGACUGGAGAGGAUGAGUAUGACCCCGUGUUCCUGGCUCCAGCUUUCCACUUUCAAGUGCCAGAAGGUGCCCGGCGUGGCCACAGCCUUGGUCAUGUGCAGGCCACAGAUGAGGAUGGAGGUGCUGAUGGCCUGGUGCUCUAUUCCCUUGCCACCUCUUCCCCCUAUUUUGGUAUCAACCAGACUACAGGUGCCCUGUACCUGAGGGUGGACAGCCGGGCACCAGGCAGCGGAUCAGCCACCUCUGGGGGUGGGGGCCGGGCCAGACGUGAAGCUCCACGGGAACUAAGGCUGGAGGUGGUAGCACGGGGACCUCUGCCCGGUUCCCGGAGUGCCACAGUACCUGUCACUGUGGAUAUCACCCACACUGCACUGGGCCUGGCACCUGACCUCAACCUACUGUUGGUAGGGGCUGUGGCGGCCUCCUUGGGAGUCGUGGUGGUGCUUGCACUGGCAGCCCUGGUCCUUGGGCUCAUUAGGGCCCGGAGCCGCAAGGCUGAGCCAUGGUCACAGGCACCCCCGCCAGCCAGUGGCUCCUUACAGAAACUGGGCCGGGAGCCACCCAGUCCCCCACCCUCGGAGCACCUGUAUCACCAGACUCUCCCCAGCUAUGGUGGGCCAGGAGCUGGAGGACCUUACCCCCGGGGAGGGUCCCUGGACCCUUCACAUUCAAGCGGCCGUGGCUCAGCAGAGGCUGCAGAGGAUGACGAGAUUCGCAUGAUCAACGAGUUCCCCCGAGUGGCCAGUGUGGCCUCCUCCCUGGCCGCCCGUGGCCCUGACUCGGGCAUCCAGCAGGAUGCAGAUGGACUGAGCGACACAUCCUGUGAGCCACCUGCCCCUGACACCUGGUAUAAGGGCCGGAAGGCAGGGCUGCUGCUGCCAGGGGCAGGAAUCCGAGGGGGGGCCCCCCCAGCCACUGCCACGGCCUUCCUGGGGGGCUGUGGCUUGAGCCCUGCACCCGUCGGGGACUAUGGCUUCCCAGCAGAUGGCAAGCCCUGUGUGGCAGGUGCACUGACCAUUUGGGCUGUUGAGGAGUAGCUCCGUGGCAGCUAUAACUGGGACUACCUGCUGAGCUGGUGCCCUCAGUUCCAGCCUCUGGCCAGUGUCUUCACAGAGAUCGCCAGGCUCAAGGAUGAAGCUCGGCCGUGUCCUCCAGCUCCCCGUAUUGACCCACCACCCCUCAUCACUGCUGUGGCCCACCCAGGAGCCAAGUCUGUGCCCCCCAAGCCAGCAAGCACAGCUGUAGCCCGGGCCAUCUUCCCACCAGCCUCUCACCGCUCCCCCAUCAGCCACGAAGGCUCUCUGUCCUCGGCUGCCAUGUCGCCCAGCUUCUCACCCUCACUGUCUCCUCUGGCUGCUCGUUCACCCGUUGUCUCACCAUUUGGGGUGGCCCAGGGCCCCUCAGCAUCGGCACUCAGCACAGAGUCUGGCCUGGAGCCACCCGAUGACACGGAGCUGCACAUCUAGCUGUGGCCCAGGCUGGGCCCCGACCUGGGACGCGCACUGUGUCCCCAAUGCAGGCCCCACUUUGAGCCUGCCCUGGGCAGCCUCGGACCGUGACUGGCCUCGGGGAGGCCACCACCAGGCCCUAGCUCUCCACCCCACAUUCCCCAGCCCCCUCAGAGCACUAGGACCACAGAAACCCUGUUAGUCACAACCUAGAGCCAGGGCCAGUGUGGGGAGAAAUAUGAAGGAGGUGGCAGCGCUGGGCUCUCCUCAGUGAGGGCUUCCUAUCCUGUGCAGCACCCUGACACGGAGCUGAGACUUUAUUUAUUGGGGGGUGGGGGAUGGGAGAGGUCCCGCCAACCUGUUUGGGCCCAGUGCCUUUGGGUUCCACUGACACCCCCGCCCCUGCCCAGAACCAAGUGCCAAUUCUCACUCUGGAGCCUUAAUAAAUUGCAGUUU